AUGACUUUCAAGUUAACAGAGCUAUUGUACCAAAAUAUAGUCUUGGAAGAUCACAAAGAAGUGAGGCUCAGGGUCUAUGCUGAUCAAGUUGGCUGUCCACCGAUUAUGGUGGAUUCUGGCACUUCGCACAUAGAGGUUAUAUGCUUUAAGAAAACAUUCCUAAAAAUAUUCACCGAAUGCCAUAGUAAACUUACGGAGCUGCUGGAUCAUAACUCUAAUCUAGAACUUGAUGUUUAUUUAGGUACUAUAGGUUUAUUAUUCACAACGUUUGAAAAUCGUACAAUAUUGAACCUGCAUGAAUCAUUGUUUCUGGACAUGGUAAACUCAAUUGAUGGCGAUAAAAGCCUGAGGAAAGAAAUUCGGCUUGUAGAAGCACUUUUAAGUUCUAACUUAAGCAAACUAAACAAAUCUUCCUCGUUAUGGUUAUGGUAUAAGAAACUGGUGGUGCUUCAAAGAGAGAAGAACUUCAACUCCGAAAUCCAAGUAGUGAAAACUUGCCUGGCAUCAGCAGAGUUACAUCCUUCAAACUAUUACUCUUGGAAUAUGUUACGCUGGUAUUGUGACAUUGUGCGUGAAGAAAAUAAUAGGGAUCACAUAUUUCACAAUAUUAGGAAGUUUGCAUUUAGUCAUUUGAAGGAUAUAUCUGCAUGGGAAAUGUUAUCACAUUUCUACUUAGGAAACUGGGAUUAUAACGCUUCUGAGUACAGAAGGUUGGCGGUUAGAUUUAAUAUACAUCACUGUGAUAAACUCGGUAUUCAGGGUGAAGGUGAAGACAUUACUUGUAAAAUUUCCACUCUAAUUACAACACUGGCUGACUACAUUGACCUUUGUGAAGUUUCAGAAUGGCCUCCAUAUUUGACUCUAUAUAAAUUGAUUUCAAUUACAAAGCCGCAAUCCUUUGAAUACCUUAAAAAAUGGGAAGCCCAAGUUCAACCAUACCCUAACUCAGAAGGUCGAAAUAACCACGUAAAUGACAUUUUACGUUUAAGUAAGGACAAGCAUAUGGAUGUAAAAAAGAAGUUCCUUAAAAAGGUUGCCAAUAUUUAUGAAGUUGAAAUGGGUUAUACUAGCACUGCUAAUGAUUAA